CAUGAUCACCAAAAACAGCUCACCGAAUGUUGAAAGAAACAUGAUUACAUGUUGAAACACGAUUACAUAUUGAUGCUCACAGCUCACCUAAAUGGGAAUCAUGAUUACAUAUUUCAACAAGGCAAGCUGUUCUCAUGUGAACUAUCCAGAUCACCUUAUCAUCUCUAAACUCCAGCGAAGUUCCUACCUUCUUUGCACACUAAAGUCCAGUCUGUCCAAAGACAGCUCUGGGUCUGGGAUGUGAAUGUGGUCAAGUUAAACUAGCUCGUCUCCCACUACUCGAAGCCUUCUCCACUCCAGUUUCUCCUCUUUUGAGACUUUCAAACCCACUUUGUGAGACUUCAUGGGUUGUGUGCCCACCAAGAAUAGGCCACCGGCAGGGGUUUCCGGCAAUGAUCUUCCAAACCCGGAAAGCGAUGAUCAUGUUUCAGACCAAAACCAAACCCAACCCACAAACCCAGUUGAGGAUGAUGGGGUUGUUGUUGCAGAGCAAGAGCAAGAAAGCAAGAAGAAGAAGAAGAAGAAGCUGAGGUUGUUCAUAGUGUUCUACUCAAUGUAUGGUCAUGUGGAGCUGGUGGCCAGAGAGAUUAAGAAAGGGGUUGAUUCAACUGAAGGGGUUGAAGGUGUUUUGUACCGGGUUCCGGAAACGAUGUCGUCUGAGGUGUUGGAGGAGAUGAAGGUGCCUAAGAAGGAUGAAAAUGGGGUGCCUGAGAUAAUGCCUGAGAGAUUGGUGGAGGCUGAUGGGGUGUUGUUUGGAUUUCCGACACGGUAUGGGUCGAUGGCUGCUCAGAUGAAGGCGUUUUUUGACUCCACAGGAGAGCUGUGGAAGGAGCAGAAGCUUGCAGGGGUGCCUGCUGGGUUUUUUGUCAGUACUGGCACACAGGGUGGCGGGCAGGAGACUACUGCUUGGACAGCUAUCACUCAGUUAGCACACCAUGGAAUGAUAUAUGUUCCAAUCGGCUACACCUUUGGUGCUGGAAUGUACGAGAUGGACUCCCUUAGAGGAGGGUCUCCAUAUGGUUCUGGAGUUCUUUCUGGAGAUGGCACAAGGAAACCAACUGAGACAGAGCUCGCUCUGGCAGGGCAUCACGGAAAGUACAUGGCUACUAUUGUCAAGAAGCUUGCCCAGCCAAAUGGUUUUCAUGUGCCAGGUAAUGGACUGGAUGACUCUUGACAAAUACAUUAUUUUGCACAUUUACACAAACUUGUUGACACUUUCAACUUGUUUUGUGAUGUUCUUCAGAUGUCAUAUAUAUGCUGAUAGGUUUUUUCUUGCAAAAGUGCAAUAGGUGUCAAUAGCUUCUUCUUAGUUGAGAGCCAUUUUUUUCUGAUUAAAUUGUAAACAAGAGUCUCAUUGGUUUUGAACUUUGGCGAUUGCUCAGUCAAACUGUUCAUAUAUGAUGUUUUCUGUUUGAUUGAAACAUUAUUGUCAUCAAUAAAAUUGUGGAUUGUGUUCAUCUCUA